GUGUGUUUGUGUGAGAGACAGAGAAGACCGCACAACAUACUCUUACAGACAUUAAAAGUACAAACACAGACAUAUUUAGAUGCUGUCGGGCGAACCAAUAUGGACUUUUGAAUGGGAUUUAUGAACUGCUUGAACUCAGAAAGAUGGAGACACUGUUUGCCAGAGCCCUCUACGCCAACACGGCCGAAACCGAAGAUGAGCUGGCGUUCUGCAAGGGUGAAAUCAUCAUGGUGCUGGAGAAGAACGUUGUGGGAAGCACUGGCUGGUGGAAGUGUGCUCUCCGCGGGCGUCAAGGCCUGGCACCCGCCAACCGCCUGGCACCUCUGUCACCGGCGGAGGCUGAACAAAUAGCUGCAAAGAGAGACUGUUCGACCAAUCACAGCCAUCAGAGCAUCUAUCAAACACCAAUAGCUCUAUCAAAGUCACCGGCGACGCCCAUUUAUGAAGAUAUGAAGACUAUUUAUAAAGUGCCUCCUCAAGGCGUCUGUUCACCAAACAAACAAGAAGAUCCUGAAGGAACCAGGCCUUUACAUGAUGGCUUAUCUGCUCAUCCCAGAACUGGUGCAGAUAUAUAUGAUGUCCCAAACCUGCUGAGAAAAUCCUGCUUGUUCACAGCAUCUUCGCUGCAGCCUUCGGAAACAUCACUGAUGUCAAGCCCUGAAUUUCACAACAGAUAUGAUGCUACAAAUAUGAGAUUUAAGACUGCAACUAAUCACAAAGCUACCACCUUACCUCCAUUUGGUACUUCGCCAGUACCCUUUGACUUCCCAGUACCCUCCAUCACUGAGGAUUCCAAAAAGCCUCUGUGUUGUUAUAGCACCAUGCCAAAUCCCUCUAAGUCUGAAUGGAUCUAUGACGUGCCUGUCUUUCCACAAAAACAGGGAUGUGAACCUGGUAACUGUGACACCCUGCCACCAAAAGAUAUUGACUCAACCACAGCUCUUUAUGACAUUUUGCCAGCACGCAUUUGGCCUGAAAGGAAGCACUGUCCCAUUCAGCCCCUAUAUGACGUCCCCAAACCAAGCAUUUCGUUGACACAACCUUGUUCAUUCGAUGAGAAUUCACCAAAUUCAUCCAUCUAUGAUGUCCCACCUUGCUUUAGACAAACCAAAACCACUGUAGUGCAACCCAGACAGCAAAGCCCUCCCGAGAUGGACUCUAAAAAUGGCCAAGAACCACUCGAGUACAGGGGUAAACCAGGACCUUUGUACGACCAACUUCAUCGAUGGCCAUCAAGGGGCAGAACACCAUUCAGACAGCCUUUGGAAGGGACAGUUAGGAGGAACAACGAGGGUACCAGAGACCACCAAAGGAGCUCAACGGUGUCUACCUCCUCCACAGCUUCCAGCUCCUCCAGGAGUUCCUGCGACUCUUUCAUGCUAAGUUCUCCCGAACCCGAACCUUUGCGUGAGAUCAUCCUUUCCCAGGAGGAAGCCGGAAACAAGUUGCUUGAGUUAAAGGAAGCGGUUUGCCAAUCGGUGCCCAAACUAAUGCUGUUCGUCAGCAGCCAAUGGAGGAGCAGAGAGCACCUGGGUCAGCACCUCCAUCAGAUCCGCACCGCAUCCGAGGAUGUGACUGACUCCAUCGACUCCUUCCUGAACUUCGCUUUGGAUGUCCGAGGAAACGCACAGCGGCUGACAGACUCGAACCUACAGACUCGGCUCCUCAAGCAGCUCUCCAUUGUUGAGGACUCGGGGCUGAUUCUUCAACAGGCUGCGAGCGCUCUUCGUGAUCUGGGUUGGCGUCUGGAUGUUUUAGCUCAGGAUGCUGGCCAAUCACAGAUGCCUGAUCACCUGGAGCGCUUUGUUAUGGUGGCUCGAACCGUGCCGGAGGAUGUGAAGAGGCUGGUGUCCAUCCUAAACGCCAACGGAAAGCUUCUUUUCAGAGUGGAGGUGAAAGAGCCGGAGAUGGUGGCGAAUGAGGGAUCAUCCGAAGGGAGAAACCACAAAAGAUGUGAACCAAUGGUCGACUCGGGGAUAGACGAGAGUGACUAUGUGCAACUUCAGACAACAGCAGAGAUUGACCAGGAACCAAAACCAACAAAAAACAGCUUUAAGUCAAAGAGAAAUGGUGAUUCCUUGAAAAAACAGGUUUCCAAACCACAGUCUGGCAGCCCUUGCAAUCCAAUCCAAACCUCCAGGAAAUGUGCAAUCUCUGACCACUGCCGGCUGUACUUCGGAGCCAUUCAGAAAGCCAUCAGCGUGUUCAUAAGCAGUCUGAAUGAGGACCAGCCUCCGGAAAAGUUCAUCUCCCACAGUAAGCUGGUUAUCAUGGUCGGCCAAAGACUCGUCAACACUCUCUGCAGUGAAGCUAAAAGUCGAGAAGCCAGUGAGGAGAUGUUGGCCAUGAGCAAUCAGCUGUGUGCCCAGCUCAAGCAACUAGCCUUGGUGACCAAGAAGGCGGCUUUGAACUUCCCUGACAAACUGGCUGUCCAGGAGGCACAGGACAUUGCCAAAGAGCUGGCGCAAAGGGCACAACACUUCAGAACGUCACUGGACGUCUGAUAUCCCAUCUGUUUGCCCAGUUUAUUGACUGGAGGUGAGCUAGUGAAGAUAGCAUUGUGUUUUGUCUGUGGAUUGGAGGAAUUUGUAUGCAAAUCUGAAUCAGCCAUGUUUAAACUGAACCCCGCUUUUUUAAGGUAGUCUGGAUGUUGAAGGUAACAAAGGGACCACUUACAGUCAUAGCUUUAAAGGAAUAGUUCACUCCAAAAUAAAAAUGUCCUUAUCAAUUACUCACAAUCAAGUGGAAUGAAUUAAUUUCUUCUGUUAAACACAAACAAGGUACAGCCAUUAGCUAUUUUAUCUAUUUGUAUGCACAUUUUGGAAUAUUGCAUAAGAAAUGCAUAAUGGAAAUGCCAAGCGCAUACAUUUUGAAAAUGCAAAUAAAAAACAACAGAUGCUUAUUGGAUAAGCUUUUUAAAGGUGCUGUAUGUGAGUUUGACACCCAGUGGUUGAACUAGGUAUUGCAUGCCUGGUUCAAAACACACACAAGCGCAGGUUGCCAGAAUGACGACACCAACAGGAAUGUGCAUGCCUGUCGAGCUUAAAGGCUGAUUUAAGUCGUGUUGUAAAUAAAAGCAACAGCAUGCGAUAGAAGGAAUAUUUUCCAUAUUAAAAUCAGUUUUUGUUCUAAUCAAUUGAUAUAUUAGCUUCUAUUUCUUACAGCUGAACUAAAAAAACUGACAAUGAUCACCUCAGGUACACCUCAUGCGCUUUAUUCAGUGUGAAAUGCUAAUAACGUGAGUUUGAAUGCCAUUUCACAUGACUGUUAUUGCCAUACUACUGAAAGUAGCAACAGACGAUUUACGUUUGAUCUUGAAAAUAAAAUAAACCAUUUGAAAUGGAAAUUCAGUGCAAUUACCAACACAAAUCAGUGAUUCAGCAUGUACAUUUAAUAACAUUAAAGAGGGUUAAAAUGUAUUAAUUAGAUUAUAAACAUUACCAUUUUGUUGGAGUGCAGUAAGUGCACUAUUCUGUGUUUCUAAAUAGCUGUAUAUAAAUUUCUGUGGUGUUUCGUCUGGUGCAAACAGCCAAAUUGCUUCUCACUGCAAAUCUCAUCACAUAGUGUUGUUAGAACAUGCAGUAUCAAUGUAACCUGCUCACCUAAUGCUUACAGUCGUAAUAUUUAUAUUAUUAUUUGCUAAUUAAUAACCUCAUGUGGAACUCUGAAUCUGCAUCUCAUUUCGGAGUCUGCUACUGUCCACCGGAGGUCGCAUCUAAGUCGACCAAAGACGAAUACUUUGAGAGCCUUUUUGAAUAAAUGAAUGAAAUACACAGUUUUCCAAAAAGGCAACCCGGGGUGCUGAAAUAUAAUUAGCUAAACUGGCAUUGGGUGGGUUAAUGACCAAAAUAAAGACAGCGUUCUGGCAUGUAACAGACAUUUUCAAAGCUGAAUAACUGACUUGUUUUUCAGAUAAACUGACUUGUUUAUAACAUUGUUUUUCAGAUAAACAAGAAUGCUCACUUAGCAUGUUUCUUGAAUAUCUGCAAACAUAUGAUGGUGUUUUAAUGCUUUAGAAGAGUCAAAAACUUACAUACAGCACCUUUAAAAUGUGCAUACACUAUGCUGGAAACACAUUUACCAAGUGACAUAUAACAAGUGAUGGAUUAGUAAAUGAUCAUUUUUGGGUGAACUAUGCGUUUAGUAGAGAGAAUUAGAGCAAAAGUACUUUUUCAGCAUUACUGGUUUUAGAACAUUUUUUCCAUUCAACAAAAAAAUAUCUUUAUAUAAAACGUAUGUCAUAAACCAAACCAAUUAGCUAAGAGGUGAAUUACAAUAGUGCAAACUUAGAGUUGAAGAAAAAAAAAGUCAGUGAAAACAAGAUACAACUGCACAGGUACAAGACUGUGUGGCUUUAAUGAGGAAAAGAACUACAAUCCCAUGAAGCAUAGCAUAUAAGAAACUAAAAACAACAGAGAACUAUAGGACAGAAUUACAUCAUUUGCAGUGCUUUGUGAAAGUGGGUGGAGCUAAAGCUCUUAUUUGGUGCACUUUGUUUGCUAUGACUCUGAUUAGAGGAUUUUUUUUCAGCACAGCUUUAUGGGUAAUGUAGUUUUUCUACACAAAUUUCACAAAUAAACACGACAGCAUUUUAAACACAAAAGUAGUUGAAAUAAUACAAACAGAUGAGUUCUUCAAAAGCAUACAACAUGUCAAGCUCCAACUACAAUCCAUAUGCAACCUGAAUAAAUAAUGACUUUAAUCAUGCAAAGCUUGCGUCAUGUGGACUUUUAAGGUGCUUUUUGAAGCUUUUCUUCUUUUUUUAUGUCUGAAUUAUUAUUUUGAAGUCUUAAACAUGAUCUGUGCAUCUAUUCAUCUGACUUAUCUGUGGUGUUCUCACUAUGCCAAACCUCAGACUUUAAACGACUUAAGCAAAUAAAUUGCACUUUUAUAUUGCCUGA